UGGUAGGGUUUUGGAGUGGGUUUUUCCGAGGCUGGCACUGGCGCUCCCGAGGUCAGGAGUGAUGAGAGCCAAGUUACUCUGCAGCGAAAGCGCUUGGCAGAGAAAUAUGUAAAUCAGACUCCUUGCGCCCCGAGAGCUGCACAAUCACGCCCCUUGAAGGAGAUGCAACAAGCUCCUUGCUGGCACGCUGCAGGGGUGGUGGCGUCGCGGGGGGAGGGAUCGGCUGCUGGAAGGGGUGUGGAGAGUGGGAACCUCACACCCUCACACCUAGUCCCCAGUGCCCCGGGCCCGGGGCUCCCCCCUCUGCUCUCCGCUUCUUUCCCUUCCCCCUUCCUCCCCCUUCCUCCUCCUCCCUCCUCCUCCCCGUCAGCCUCGGUCCGCGUACUUAAGCGGCGCGGGCGGGCGGCCCAGCCGGGCGGUGGCAGAUGCACCCAGCAGUGGCAGCCACCGGCGGCGCACAGGUGACCAGUCUGCGGAGCAGCCUAGCCGGGGGCGCCCAAGGAGAUCUGGCUGGAGAGGGAGGUCGAUCCGCCCCCAACGCGCGUGUCUCGGCGCCAGGAGCCGUCCCGGGGCGUGUUGGCGAGCGCUGAUAUAGAUAUAAGGACAUUUCUCUCCAUGGCGUCACGUGACAUAAUUACCACCAGAAUCAAUCAAGAUGAAUUGCACGUCAGCGCCCGGUGGGGAUUUUUGCUUAGUUGAUCCUGGCCCAAGCCUCUUGUGCAAUCAAUGGCUCAGGUUGGCGGCGCGGGGAGCGGCCCAGGGCUCGCCGGCGCGCACGCCGCGGAGCCAUGAACGACUUUGACGAGUGCGGCCCGAGCGCAGCUAGUAUGUACCUGCCCGGCUGCGCCUACUAUGUGGCCCCGUCGGACUUCGCCAGCAAGCCGUCGUUCCUGUCGCAACCAUCGUCCUGCCAGAUGACUUUUCCUUACUCUUCCAACCUGGCGCCGCACGUCCAGCCCGUGCGCGAGGUGGCCUUCCGCGACUACGGCCUAGAGCGCGCCAAGUGGCCGUACCGUGGCGGCGGCGGCAGUGGCGCGGGGGCCGGCGGCGGGGGCGGCCCCGGCGGGGGCGGCGGCAGCAGCGCAGGGGGCUACGCUCCCUACUACGCGGCGGCGGCGGCGGCGGCGGCGGCAGCGGCGGCGGCCGAGGAGGCGGCCAUGCAACGCGAGCUGCUGCCGCCCGCGGGCCGCCGACCGGACGUGCUCUUCAAGGCGCCGGAGCCGGUGUGCGCCGCGCCGGGGCCGCCACACGGCCCUGCGGGCGCCGCUUCCAACUUCUACAGCGCCGUGGGCCGCAACGGCAUCCUGCCGCAGGGCUUCGACCAGUUCUACGAGGCCGCGCCCGGGCCCCCGUUCUCCGGGCCGCAGCCCCCGCCGCCGCCCGCGCCCCCGCAGCCCGAGGGCGCUGCCGAUAAGAGCGACCCCAAGACGGGGACCGGUGGCGGUGGGGGCAGUCCCUGCGCCAAGGCCACCCCCGCCUCGGAGCCGAAGGGGGCGGCAGAAGGCAGCGGGGGCGACGGCGAGGGACCCCCGGGGGAGGCGGGGGCUGAGAAGAGCGGCGGCACAGUAGCCCCCCAGCGGUCCCGGAAAAAGCGCUGUCCCUACACCAAGUACCAGAUCCGCGAACUGGAACGCGAGUUUUUCUUUAACGUGUACAUAAACAAAGAGAAAAGACUCCAGCUCUCUCGGAUGCUCAACCUCACUGACCGGCAAGUCAAAAUCUGGUUCCAGAAUCGCAGGAUGAAGGAAAAGAAACUGAACAGAGACCGUCUGCAGUAUUUCACUGGAAAUCCCUUGUUUUGAGAGCUCCAGCAAGCGCCCCUGCCCCCCAAGCCCCACUCACUCACCCUCCUCCCCACCAGCCUGCUUUCGGUAGGCCCAAUGUCCUUGGGUUUAAUGACGCCUCUUCUCUGUGGAACUCCACCAUUCCUUCCCACGGUCAACUCGGGACCUCCCAGCGACCACUGCUGCCUGCGGACGAGGCCGGGGACUUGGCCGAAUGGAUCCUAAUAUGGGGAAAAUGGUAAAUGCAAACGUCCCUUUACAAUUUUACCGCCAGUGUGCUGUUGUUUACCCUCUCUCUCUCUCCAGGUCCCGGUGCGGACGCUGUGGGAUCUGUAGAGAGUUAGGCCUGGGCUGCAAGGCACUUGUUUUUGUUCUGAGUUUAAGGGACCCUGUCCUCCCCCCUUGGUGAAUGCAGAUUAUUUAAACUUUGGGAAAUGUACCUUUGGUUUGUCCGAUCGAGGCACGAGUCACUGUCUUUUGUGUGAAUAAAUGGUUUCUAGUAAAAUGGAGGUUACAGCUUCAAUACACUGUAUGGAUUUUCCUCUUUGAAUAAUUUUAGUGUCUGGUUAGGAUAUUUUAGUGGUCAAAAUUUUCUCCCCCAUGCAACUGAAAUUCAAGUGAAAUGCUUUUUAAUUCCGUCAAAAUAAGAGUUGUCCUCCCCUCUCAUCCCACCCCCACCCCCACCCCCACUGGUAUGCGGCAUUGGUUGUUAAAAUCAUUUUAGGGAUGGCUUUCUGAAUUGAGGAUGUGACCCUGGUGCUGAUGUCUCCAGAGGAUGAGCUGGGGCAGCAGGAACGGAAGUAGCAACACUCCCUUCGCCUUAGUCUAGUGAACUUGGAAUUUGGGGGGGGGGGGGCGGGGGAGGGACACAAACAAACAAAACAAAACAAAAAAUUUAAAAAAACUGGUUAGAAAAUCCAAAGUCACUCUUAACAAAGUGUCAAAGAUACAAGGUCCCUUAAAAGAAGAAACCAAUAUUAGAACACUUUAUAGGGGAAAAAAGUUUGCAGGAAGGAAAUUAUAAGUAGGCAGAGAGGUCUCAAGGCGCUUGCUGGUGUCACAGCGGGUUUGGAACAAGGAAGAUAAGUCAUCUUCCUAAAAUAGGGCCCAGGGCUGCAGACCCAGUUUUCUCCACAUUUAUCGCUUCAAGUUAAAGAAUGUGUGUGUGUUGGGGUGGGGGUGGGGGGGUGGUACUGCACUUUAUGUUGCAGGACCAGGCCAAGCUGUUUACAAAACCUUGAACUGUCUAGACAACACCAUAAAAGCCAAAGUUCUAAACAGCUUAAUUGGGUUAUAUUAUACACCUUCUGGUGGGCCCAAAAGAGAUUUCCGCAAUGUGCAAUAAACUGGAGGAGUGAGAAAAGCUUCUCUUUCUCUGAAAAGAGUAAAGUGAAUCUUGUGACUUUUAACCUCUCAUAAGCCCAAAGUAAAAAAAAAAAAAAAAAAAAAAAUCCAUAAGAUAUACAGCACCACAUGCCUCUUCUGAGGAAGCAUGCAUUUCUAAAUGCAAAAUUUUUUUUUAAUUGCCAAAGCUUUAGGAGGCAAGGAAAAACAUAAGUGCAUAAGUGUACGCCUUUGAACUUCCAAAAUGUCAAGGUCAUCACCUUUAACCUUUCUGAAUAAUUAGGCGCCUUAAGGUUCUUCUGUGAUAUUCAUCCGCCACCCACUCUCACACACAUGCUCACACAUCCAGAUCCCCACACACAUUUAUGACCACACAGAAUCAAAUGGAGGCUCACCAUAAAUCUAAGCAAAUUCCUAAUUUCAGAAUCAAUAAUCUUAAUUUCCCUUCAAGCAUUUGUGUAAUUCAAUAGCAACUGACUUAAAA